AUGUUCGAGAAAUUUAUUCUUCUUUCUGUCGUUCUUUCAUCGAUUUCAUGUCAAAUUGUCUAUGAUACUAAUGAUGAUAAUGCUCAUGGUGUACGAAUAGCUGGAAAUGAUCAAUUUAUUAUCUUUGCCAUUAAUCUCAAUUCUGGCUUUUCUCUGGCUUAUUCUCCAUUUACACCAAAAGAGCGAUGCUCAUAUUCGAAUGCAAGUCGAGAUUUAUACGUUUAUAGUGUAGAUGUUGUAUACAGUUCGAAUAAUCGAUCAGUCACAUUCGUACAAAUAGCUGAACAAACAUCAACACAAAAUGUCUAUUUCAGUAUCGUUACAAUUGAUACAUCAUCAUGCAAUAAUAUGACGAUCGGAAACAUUACCAUUCGUGAUACAUUGAUAUGGAAUGGUACACAUCAAGAAUUUAUGUUGUUAAAAGUAUCUCCAUCACAAAAAUAUGCAUAUGUAGUUGCUGAUUCAUUUGUUUUGAAAUUUGAUAUUACACAAAAUCGUAUCGUUGAAUUGAAAGCAUCAACAAGUUUUUAUCAAAUUCCAGGAAAGUAUCCGCAUGCAAUGGAUCUAACAGAAGAUUGGGCUCUAAUUGCAGCGUAUGUUGCUACACCAGGCAAUUCCAAUCUAGCUGCACCUAUUGUAUUUCUUUGCUCAUUAAAUCCGCUUCGGUUAGUCGGUUUUGCAAGUAUUUUCGACGGUUUCCUCCAAACAAUUUCGUUUGCGAAAACAUAUAAUCUUGCUAAUCAUAUGUCAAUAUCUGUGAAUAAAGAACGACAAAUGGCUAUUGCUGGUUACCCAUUGAUUAAUCUUGUUUCUUUAUUUAUUGUUAAUGCAACAAGUAUCGAUACGAGCAAAUGGAUGAUAGAACGUGUACGUACUGAUUUCGGGCCAUCAGAUAGUGGUUUUGGCCAAUCUGUUGCUUGGAUUGAUAAUGAAACAGUUGCGAUCGAUGUUCUAUCUGCGAACGCUCAUUCUUGGUCUAAAUCAGAAGUUUGGACAUUUGCCGUUGAUAGUCCAUUCACGAUUCCUCAAUAUGUUUUUCCAAAUAAUCAACAAACUUUGACAGCGUUUGUCGCUCCUCGUUUUUAUCAGAUUCUUUCAUGGUCGAAGAAUUUGUUUAUUCUAACUGAAUUUACUACAACCCUUUUUGUUCCAUCACAACUACCAGGCUAUCUAUCAGUAUGGACCGACACUAGUGACGUAUUUAUGUAUAUUUUUGGUUCUUCACCAUGUCCUCCUGGUAAAUAUAAGAAAGAGAAUGGCUUUGGAUUAUGUCAAGCUUGUCCACCACAAACAAGAAAUCCAGCAUAUCAACCAUGUACACAAUGUCUUCCCUGUUCAUCAAAUUCCUUUUGUCCAUUAGGUUCGAUCACCGAUGUCUUCUAUAACAACUAUUCGAGUUACACUCAAACUUAUACAUAUCCCGAUUCACCAGAUAUGAAUAACUAUGACGAUUUACUUGUUCAGAAUAUCUUCGCGAUCAAUACACAAUGUUUACGCAUUUCGCCCUUGUUUUGGACAUUGAUCGUCAUGACACUUUGCUGUAUUACAUGGUUUCUAAUGACUAUUGGGAAAGUCGCACCUUGUCAGUUAUUGAAACAACAACGGAACAGGGCGAAGAAGUUCUUGAAAAACACGGAUAUCGUCGGUGAAGGUGAACGAUGGAUCGGUGGAUUAUUCUCAUUUGCGAUUGUUGUCUUGUUUGGUUUCACCUUUUGGUUUGCUGAUGAUUAUCUCAAACUUUAUCCUAUUGAAACAUCAUCAUCUCCACGUGCAUCGUGUGAUUCAACACUGAGAAAUGCUGUCUUUGACAAUGCUCUUCAAUUACCUUUGCCAAAUGUUGAUGGAACACGAUGGCCGAUCUUUGAUAUGUUAGAUAAUCAGCCAUUUACAAUGACAUUAGAUUUGAUUAAUACAGCAGCUACUUGUCAAGAUUUGACUGUUCAACAAAAUCGACCAGGAGUGAACUAUCUUCGUCUAACCAAUAUUUCAUGUCAAAUUCAACCAGAUAAUGUGACAACUUCAACAACUUUUCUUCUUCCAUCUCAUCAAACAACUGUACAAAUUAACAUCACUGGUUCGUAUUUCGUUGGUGGUGUUCGUUUAUGUUUACGUGCUCCUGGUGAUGUAAACGAUGUAAAUACACUUGAAAAACUUGAUACGUGUCAAUUUUUCUACACACAAAAUGAAACUUUAGCACGAACAUCGACUCUUUCGGUUGUACUUGUGAAAGUUGUUAACCAAACAAAACCAUUAACCAUUGGUCACGAUACAUACUUUACUGGUCGGUGGACACCGACGUUCGGUGAAUAUUCGAUCUCAGAUAGAUUAGCUUAUGAGCAAGAUGGUGAAUAUCUUCGAUAUGUUAGCGAACGAACAACUUUAGCAAUCACUGUGAAUGAACAACCUUUUUUUCUACAAAAUAAUCAAAGACCAAUCGUGCGAAUUGCUGAACUGUCUUUUCACACGUUGCUGUUCUGUACGUUAAUCAUUGAAUUAUUUGCUAUGGCUUUUCUUUUGAUCAAACUAAUUGGUACACCACUUCUUCGAGCUAUUCUUCGUUGUCGACACCGACAUCGACAUAAAUCAACUCUAACCGAUGUGGGGAGAAAUUCAGAAGAAAAGCGGAAACAACGAACAUCAAUGUCAAUCAUCGAACUUCGUCGACUACUCCAACAAUAUCAACGAAAAAAACAACGACAAAAUCGAACUCUUCUGCAUGACACUCCUUAUACAAUUUCCAACAUGUCUCAUGAAUCGAUUCGAAAUAAUCAUCAACGAACUGCAUUUUAA